GUCUGUGUCUGUCUGUCUGUCUGUCUCGGUUGGAUGCUCAGACACCCGUUCCGGUGGGGGAGGGGGAAUGGACAGGGGGUGGGGCUGGAGACCCAGGAGUAUGGGCGGCGGGCGGGAUCUGGUCUGCUCACCCCCAAACUGGGGAAGGGGAACCGCAUCGCUUCCGCUGGAGCCUCGUGAAAUGCACAGGCCCCUUCCCCAAAGAAGAUUCUUCUGGGCGCCAAGUAUGUGUCAAGCCUGGGCCGAGUAUUUGGCAUGCGUUGUCUUCUUGCAGCUUGCGGGGAGAAGGGGGUGAUAGUCCCCAUUUUACAGAGCAAGAAGCUGAGGCUCAGAGAUGGCAAGUGACUCACCCAAGGUCACACAGCCGGGAUCCAAACAUGCCACCACCCCCCACCCCCGGCCCCGCCACCAGGGCUCCAUCUUCCCUAAGUCCCGGUGUGCUUGGAGAUCUCUGGAGGGGGCGGGGUGGGGGGAGGGGAUCCUCAGGCCUCCUGAGGGAGGGAUCACUGCUGAGAGGAAGCUUGCUGUCCUUGAGGACCCCGCGGUGAUCUUUACGCUGCCGUGACACUUUCCCUCCUUUCCUAGCUGGUCCCAGCCUUGGUGGACCCCAGAAGAGGCAGGUCGAGGCAGCAUGGGGGCCUGCCUUCUGAACUCCCUGAGUGCUCUGAUGGUAGAAAAUGAUGCAGAGGUCUCCAGAAUGACUUCAAGAGCACCACCCCUCUCUCCUUCUCUGUCAUUCUUUGAUUCUCCUCUUCCUGAAUUUCUCUCACUCUAUCUCCCUAUUGCCACAUCUCUGACUUUCGGCGUCUGUUUCUGUCUUUCUUAAUCCUCCCUCUCUCUGUGUCUCUCUAUCUCCGUCUCCCUGGCCUUCUCUUGCCUUUCUGCACCUCUCUCUCUUCCCGCCCCACGUCCCUGUCCCUAUCUCUCUUUUCCCCUCCCCCCAGCCUGCCAGGCUCCAGACCCUGGCUUCCCUUGCAGAUCCCAUCCCCAAGCCUGUGUGUGGUCAGAGCUUCCCGUUUGGGGAAACCUGAGCCAUGGCGGCGGGGGAGGGGGCUCUCCCUGCUGCUGACCUCCACUGCCCCCUCCCCAGAUGGGGAAUGGGGAGGAGGAUUGACGCCAGACUCCGGGGCUGCACGCACAGCCCCUCCCCCGACCGGGAGUGGGACCCUGCACAUUCUUCUCUGGAAACAGAAACAGCUGUGGGAGGCCCCACCCCCUCCCAAAGUUAGAGACGCGUUGUGGGGGCCUUCACCAGCUCACCCCCCACCCCAAGCUGGCUGGGCUAGGGAAGGCACCUCCCACCCCACGUACGAGGAGAGGGAGAGAGCAUGGGGAUGGGCGAGCUGUGUCCUUCCUUCCUGUCCCUCAGUCCCUCUGUCUGCCUCAGUCUCCCCUCUCUGCCCUUCAGCUUCCCUAUCCCUGCCGCUGAGUCUCCCCCCUUCUCUGCCCCUCUGUCUACCCCGCCCCCCAGGAGGUGGUAGUGGAGAGGCCUCAUCCCCCCCACACUCUCCAGGCAAAGCUCCGUCCCAGCGUCAGGGAGGAGGCGGUGGCAGGCAGCGGGAGGAAGGCAGCGGCGGGAGGGGAGGAACAGAGAAGCGCUAAAUAUAAACUCCUCUGCGGUUGGGGGUUCCUGGGUCCUUCUGAAGAGGGUGUGGGUCCCUCCUCUGAUCGCUGAGCCUCUCUCUUAUGAUGCUAACCCCUCCCGCCCCGCACCCCCCUACCAAGGAAUACACUCCCUUUGGAGCUGGACUUGAUUCGUUCCUAAUAGGAGUAGUGGGGACGCAGGUAAAGACCAGGGACAUCUCAGAGAAAAGAGGUGAGAAUCCUGGAUGGGGGUAGGAGUUCUGUUCUCUCCCACCAAGAAAAAGGGUCCCCUUCCAGCAAGAAGGACUUAAGUUAGACUUGCAAAAGGACUUCCAAAUAGCGAUAAAGGGAACUGGAUACAGACUAGGGGCAUGUGAGCAGCGGGGAACAAAGGUCUGGAAAAGUUUGGGCCAAGGGGUCUCCAGGGGUCUUAAUCACACGCGUGUUAAACCUGCUUGAAAACAAACAAACAAACAAACAAACAAAAACCCUGCUUGAACUGGACGGCCACAGACGGCCGGCAGAAGGGCUUGCAAAAAAAAGGGGGUGGGGGGACUGAGGGGCAUUGUGGGUACAUAGGGAGCAGGAUUCAGACCAAGGUCCUUCUGGUCUUUUUUUUUUAAUAGAGAUUUUAUUUUAUUUAUUUAUUUAUUUAUUUAUUUAUUUAUUUAUUUAUUUAUUUAUUUGACAGAGAAAGAGAGAGAGAGGGAACACAAGCAGGGGGGGUGGGAGAGGGAGAAGCAGGCUCCCGACUGAGCAAGGAGCCGGACCUGGGACCCGAUGCAGGACCUGAUGCGGGGCUCCAUCCCAGGACCCAAUACAGGAUCAUGACCUGAGUCGAAGGCAGAUGCUUAAUGACUGAGCCACCCAGGCACCCAUCGCUUUGCUCCUGGAAGGGAGGGGGUCAAACUUACAAACAAUGGGAGCGUGUAGACUUGGGGUGGUGUUGGAGGGCCCAGGCAUGGGGGAAGAGGAGCCCUUGCCUCUCUGUCCCCCUAAGUCCUCCUCUUCCCUACAGAGCAAAAACUGAAAUUAGGCCUGCAGAACCUACCCCCCGAAUCCAUCCUUUUAUAUUUAUUUUUAAUUACACAAGUAAAACAUGACUUUAUAUUUUCCUUGUUAAGAAAUUCAUAGCUUUCGUGUAAUAAUAAAAGCUAGCAAUUAUUAAGAGCUUAAAGGGAACUGCUGUUUUAAGUCAUAUAAUCCUCACAACACCCUGUGAGGGAGGGAGUUGAAUGACGCCAUGUUACAGACAGGAAACCAGGGCCCAGGGAGGGGGAGUAACCUGCUAAAGAUCACACAGGAUCUCCUCUGAGAUCACCACCACUGUCACCUUGGCGUGAGUCCCUCCAGACCUCUUACCAAUGCAUCUACUUGUAGGACGAGCUUACAUGCCAAGAAACGUAGGGUUUUGUUUUGCUUCUUGCAAAUUCCCGUCUCUUGGUUGAGGUCCCAGAGAUAAUGCCAGUGGUUCUCAAAGUGUGGCCGCUGGACUAAGCAGCAUACCGCGGAACUUGUAAGCUAUGCAGAUUCUUGGGCUCCAGACUGGAAUCAGAAGCUCUGGAGGUGGGACCCAGGCCCUUCAGGAGGCCUUGCCUGGGCUCAUCUGGGACCUGGGCCAGCAACUGGGAGACCUGAGCCUGGAGUCUGGGGGUCUGGAACAGGAGAGCGGGCGCAGCUCAGGCUUCUAUGAAGACCCCAGCUCCACAGGAGGUCCAGACUCACCACCCUCUACCUUCUGUGGGGACAGUGGCUUCUCUGGAUCUGGCUCCUAUGGACGCCUGGGUCCCUCUGAACCCCGGGGCAUCUAUGCCAGCGAGAGGCCCAAGUCCCUAGGAGACGCCAGUCCCAGCGCUCCAGAGGCGGUGAGCGCUCGGGCAGCCGUGCCGCGAUCCUACUCGGCGCCCUACCCGACGGCAGCGGGCCCUGCGGGCCCGGAGGCCUGCUCCUCCGCCGAGCGGCGGGCCCGCGCCGGGCCCUUCCUGACGCCCAGCCCCCUGCACGCCGUGGCGCUGCGCAGCCCGCGGCCCUGCGGCCGGCCUCCCGCGGACUCGCCGGACGCCUCGGGUGCGGGGCGGCCCCUGGACGGCUACAUCUCGGCGCUCCUGCGCAGGCGCCGCCGCCGGGGGGCGGGCCAGCCCCGGACCAGUCCCGGGGGCGCGGACGGCGGCCCGCGGCGCCAGAACAGCGUGCGCCAGAGGCCGCCCGACGUGUCCCCGCCCCCCGGAGGCGCGCGGCCCGCGCCCGAGCCCCCGGUGGAGCGCGCGGGGGGCCGUCCCGCCAGCCCGGCCGCCUUAGGCCGCGCCUGGGCCCCGCCGUGGGAGCCGGAGCCGGCGCCCGAGCCCGCCGCGCCGCCCGCCGCUCCCUCGCCCCCCGACAGCCCGGCCGAGGGUCGCCUGGUGAAGGCACAGUACAUCCCGGGCGCGCAGGCCGCCACCCGCGGCCUCCCCGGCCGCGCGGCGCGCCGCAAAGCGCCACCACUGACCCGCGGCCGCAGCGUGGAGCAGUCCCCGCCCCGGGAGCGUCCCCGGGCCGCCGGCCGCCGCGGACGCAUGGCGGAGGCCUCGGGCCGCCGGGGCUCGCCCAGGGCUCGCAAGGCCGCGCGCUCCCAGUCCGAGACCAGUCUGUUGGGCCGCGCGGCCGCCGUUCCUCCGGGGCCCCCCAAGUACCCCACGGCUGAACGGGAAGAGCCUCGGCCGCCGAGGCCCCGCCGCGGCCCCGCGCCCACGCUCGCGGCGCAGGCCGCGGGGUCCUGCCGCCGCUGGCGCUCCACGGCCGAGAUCGACGCGGCGGACGGGCGCCGCGGCCGCCCCCGAGCCCCGGCGGCCCGCGGCCCCGGGCCCGGCCCGUCGCCGUCGGCUCCUCAGCGCCGUCUUCUCUACGGCUGCGCGGGCAGCGACUCGGAGUGCUCGGCCGGGCGCCUGGGGCCCCUUGGACGCCGGGGGCCCGCAGGCGGCGUGGGCGGCGGCUAUGGGGAGAGUGAGUCGAGCGCCAGCGAGGGGGAGUCGCCGGCCUUCAGCUCCGCAUCCAGCGACUCAGACGGCAGCGGUGGCCUGGUGUGGCCGCAGCAGCUGGUGGCGGCCACCGCAGCCUCUGGGGCAGCGGGUGGUGCAGGUGGAGGGGCGCCCGCGGGCCCCGCCAAAGUCUUUGUGAAGAUCAAGGCUUCCCACGCACUCAAGAAAAAGAUACUGCGUUUCCGUUCGGGUUCUCUCAAGGUCAUGACUACCGUGUGAGUUUGGGAGUUUGCUCGGGCUCCCCCUUCAUGGCCUCUGCACCGCCACACUCCCAGUCACCGACCCUUCCAUACCUCCCUUCCAAAGACCACCAUUUUCUCUGCUUCCAAAGACCCUUCCUCACUGCCCCCCAUCCACUGCAAGUCUUGGUUGAAAAGGCUCCCCCUCCACCAUAGGGAGGAAUGGGGGAGGAGCCCUGUUUGACCCAGUUCAGCUGCUGGCUCUGCAGCCUAUGGGCAAGAAAGUUCCCUUUGUCUGGGCCUCACUUUCCUCAUCUGUACUAUGGGUGUACUAUGGUAUGCAGAAGGGGUAAUUCAGUUUGAAUUUCCCCAUUUUAGUUUAGACACUUAGUCCGUUUGUUCCCGUUCACUUCUGUCACUGAACCCUCUUACUCCUCCUUUCCAUGCCCAGAUACGGUGUCCUUCCCCACCCCCCAUUCACAAAGUGCCCCCGUCCAUGUCCCUGGAUUCUUAGGAUAUCCCCUUGGCACCAUGGUCAGAGAUUCUGUGUCUGACCCAGGUGGUGCUUGCAGAGUGCCCUGGGAAAGGAAGGAGCACUGACUCUGGGGUUUUGAGGGUCAAGUAGGAGGUGGUAACACCUGGAAAGAAACACUCUUUCACCUCUAUCCCUGGACAAUUAUGGCGGAUUAGGAGGUAGAAGAGGGGAAGGAAGAUGGCUUCUAUCUCGUGCCCCCUUGCUCCCCAGCUGAGGGAGUUCAGGGAGCCCAGGAAGACCCUCAACUGUUCCAAUCCAGUAUUUUUUCUUUUUUAAAAUUACUGUAUUUAUUAUGACGAUGGUGACUCCCCAGUGCACAGGGGGGCCAGACUGUGUGUUUCUCUAACCUCUUUGUAAAUAAAUGCACAAUGUUA